GUUGUCUGUGGUGUGAUGUUAUUAUUUUUCUUUGCAUGUGAUAAUACUUUCUUUAAUAACAAGUUUGCAUUAGUGUUCAGUGAAUAACGUAUGUCAUAUUCCUUAUCUCAAUAAAAGAUCAUAAACCUUAGUUGCAAAAUACUACUAUCAUCUAUGAAAUUGAAAAGGUAUUUGGUAACGCAAUGGAUUUUGUCCAUCAGGAAUCGUAGUCACCUUCUUCAUAUUCUAUACUAGCACGUUAUGCAGUGCUAUCUUUUCUCAAAUCUUGUAUGGAUUUUCCAUAGAAAAUUUGAGAAGCUUUGAUAUUUCUCUCUACUGUUCGUGCACCAAAAAGUGAAAAUGCCAUCUCCAAGUAAAUUAGAUGCUGUUUAUCGUAGCAUAAUGCUGGCGAAAUUUUUUACGAAAGGCUGGGGAAAGCCUGAAAAUUUAAAGAGGUUGUUUGCCUUCAGGAAGAUUAUAUCAAAUCGUGAAACCUGCAGACAUUUGGUUGAACCUGAUUAUCCUGUUAUGAUUGAUAAGGUGGAAAAGCAUGCUCACUAUCAGAUACUUGAUGGUCAUUUCUUGAGCCCAUUCGUAAAUCAUUUGCCUGAUGUAGUUCCUGAGGAGUCUCGAAUUGCGAGGUUUCAAAUUCUUCUUCCAACAAGCUGGCCAGCUGAACCAUUAAGACCUAUCUGCUUGCAUUUAGCAGGAACAGGAGAUCACUUCUAUUGGCGAAGAAGAAUGCUGAUGGCAAGACCUCUCUUGAAAGAUGCUGGUAUCGGUUCUAUUUUACUGGAGAAUCCGUUUUAUGGCUCCAGGAAACCUAAAAUUCAGAGGCGUUCAAGCUUGCACAAUGUGUCUGACAUCUUUGUGAUGGGAGGAUGUCUGAUUCUGGAAUCCCUGGCUCUCUUCUACUGGUGUGAGAGAGAAGGAUUUGGGCCACUUGGCAUUUCCGGCAUAUCCAUGGGUGGACAUAUGGCUUCUCUUGCGGGAUGCAGCUGGCACAAACCUUUACCAAUUGUUCCUUGUUUGUCAUGGACGACAGCUUCAUGUGUCUUCACUGAGGGCGUUAUGAGUGCUGGAAUACCUUGGCCUCUAUUACAGAAUCAGUAUUCUUCUGACCAUGUCUACCAAGAUGAGAUCUGGAAAAUGCUUCAUUCUCCAGAACAGUCAGAUGCCUUUCGAGCAGGUAUACACUUUUCCCGCAACUACCCUUCGAGCUUACAGAGGAUGGAAUUACUUGAGAAAAAAUACGUCUCCGAAGAGCAAAAGGCACAGAUGUUCAUGGAUGAUGCCGUCCGGAGUUCCAGGGAAGAAAAUUCCUUCGUCUCAGACUCUUCAUCUAACUCACAGUCAAAAAAAGAUGCCGGCUUUUCCCGACUGGAGGCUCUGAAUUUCAUGAGGGGCGUCAUGGAUGAGUGCACCCAUCUUGGAAACUUUACUUCGCCAGUUGACCCCAGCCUUUCCAUUGUUGUGACAGCAGAGCAUGAUGCGUAUGUUCCCAGAGAUGGAAUCAAAUCAAUCGGGGAUCUGUGGAACGGUUGUGAAGUUCGGUAUAUAGAUACUGGUCAUAUUGCUGCCUUUUUAUUCAAUCAUGGUGUCUUUAGGAAAGCAAUUGUAGAUGCUUUUGAAAAAACUGCACAGAAGUACCAUGGGCGAAGCAUUCUCACUGACGAGACAAAAAUGGCUUUGGGUCAAGAUGUCAAGUCCUGACCAAAAUAUAUUAUACUUGAGAGACCUUUCUAGCAUAUAAGGUUGUUUUUAGAAUGCUUCAUAGUCAUGUAAAUAAUUGUUGUGUUGAUUGUGUAAAGUACACAAGAAAAAAAAUGAAGCAUUGUUUGAUCUGUCUGACAAAAUUGAAAUUUUUAAUUGGCUUUACACAAUAAAAUUAUUUGUAAAAAAUGUUUUUAUAAACAUAGAAAUAAUAAGGAGUUAUUUCUUGACUUAGUGCCU